UGGGGUAGAUUUACGGUCUUGCCCGUACAACAGCAACAACAAUAAAGACACAGACAAAAUACACGAAACAGUCGGUCUAUCUGGAUAUCAGAUGACAAAGGACACUCAUCCCUGGGAGAUGGAAAAGCAAUGAGGUAAGCCUUCUGAUUGCCCAGUUUAUUGCCUUUGAGAGGGUUUCCAGUUUCCAGUAGAGGAAGGAGGAACUGAGGUGGAGUCCAGCAGGCUUCCUGAGCCAAGGAUGGAGCUAAGAAUCUGGGGAGAGCAAAGCAGCUGUAGUUCAUAGGACAGACCAGCAGAGAGGAGAGGUCUGCAGAGGGCCUCCCACGAGGACUCAAGAGCACAGAGCAGCACAUGUGUGAGGAAACUCCCCAAGGACAGGCAAGGAAUCCUCUAAAGGGUUGGAGGGAAUAGUCCUGAUAUUUGCAUGGGGGAUACUGUUCCUACGGGCUAGGCUGGAAAACUCCUGUAAUUCCUGGAGCAUUAGGAAUGGAGCUAUUUAUGUAAAGCACUGAAAGGAAAAAUAACUCUACUUAGAAUUCUGUAUUCAGCAAAAAUACAUUUCAACAACAAAGACAAGACCACCAACAGAAUGGGAGAAAAUAUUUGGAAAUUAUACAUCUGAUAAGGGUUUAACAUACACAGAAUACGUAAACAUAUUUGUGUAUGUAUACAUGCUCAUAUGUAGAAUGUACAAAGAACUACAACUCAAUAACAAAAACACAAACUUAACUAAUUAAUAAUGGGCAAAGGACUUGAAAAGACACUUGUCCGAUGGCCACUAAGUACGUGAAAAUAAUGCAUAUCAAAACCACAAUGAAAUAUCACUUCAAACCAACUAGGAUUGCUGUAAUAAUCUAAAAAAUGGAAUAACAAGUUUUGGCAAGCAUGUGGGGAAACUGGAACCUUGGAUGUUGCUGGUGUGACUGAAAGGACGCUACUACUGUGGAAAAGUUUUGUGGGUCCUCAGGGAGCUCAGCACACAAUUACCAUAUGACCCAACAAUUCUGCUCCUAGGUACAGACCCGAAGGGAUUGAAAGCAGGGACUCAAGCAGGUACUUGUACACCAGUGUUCACAGCAGCACCAUUCACAAGACCCGCUAGAUGGAAACAACCCAAGGGUCCAUCAACAGACGAUGGGGUAAACAACAUGGUCUGUCCAUACACUGGAAUAUUACCUGGCCAUUAUAAGGAGUGAAGGUCUGAUUCAUGCCACAGCAUGGAUGAACCUUGAAGACAUUAUGCUGAGUCAAAUAAGCUAGACACAAAAGGACAGAUAUUGUAUGAUUCUAUUUAUAUGAUUAUCUAGAAUUGGUAAAUUCAGAGAGACAGUAGGUUAUCAGAGUAGGUUAUCAGAGUCUGAGGAAUAGGGAGUUUGCUUAAUGUUUCAGAGUUUCCAUUGGGUGAUUAGAAAGUUUAGAAUUCUUAGUGAGGGUUGUACAAUAUUGUGAAUGUAAUUAAUGCCACUGAAUUGUACACUUAGCAAUAGUUAGCAAAUUUUGUUAAUUUUUUUACUAGAAUUUUAAAGAUGAAUAAUGUAAUUACCAAAAACCAUUGUGAUUGUGUACUUUGAGUGGAUGAAUUGUAUGGUAUGUGAAUUAUGUCUCAGUAAAGCUGUUUUGAAAAAAAAAAAAAAGCAAAAUGAAGACAUUCUCAGAUUUAAAAAGCUGAAAGAAUUUAUUACCAGCAGACCCACAUUGCAGGAAAUGUUAAAAGAUGUCCUUCAGGGAGAAAGGAAAUGAAACCAAAUGGAAAUCUGGAUCUACUGGAAAGAAUGAAAAGCACUGGCAAUGGUAACUACGUAGGAUCUUCAUUACUGAAAAAAGCAUCAUCAAGAACAAGGAGGGCAUGGAGACCAAGUUGUUAACGGCCCGGUCCCAGGCACUGGUGACCUUCAAGGAUGUACUUGUGAACUUCACCAGGGAGGAGUGGAAGCUGCUGGAUACUGCUCAGCAGAUCAUGUACAAAGAUGUGAUGCUGGAGAACUAUAAGAACCUGGUUUCCUUGGGGCAUCAGCUUCCCAAACCAGAUGUGAUCCUCCAGUUGGAGAAAGGGGAAGAGCCGUGGCUGGUGGAGAGAGGGACGCACCGGGAGACCCACCCAGAUUUGGACACUGCGGUUGAAAUUAAAUCAUCAGUGUCCAGUAAGAGCAUUUCUAAAGAUAAACAAUCCUAUGGCAUUAAAAUGGAAGGAAUCCCAAAGAACGAUCUCUGGUAUUUGUCAUUAGAAGAAGUCUGGAAGUGUGAAGACCAGUUGGACAAGUAUCAGGAAAAUCAGGAGAGACAUUUGAGGCAAGUGGCAUUCACCCAAAAGAAAGCACUUACUCAGGAGAGAGUCUGUGAAAACGGUAAAUAUGGGGGAAAUUGUCUGCUUCCUGCUCAACUAGUGCUGAGGGAGUAUUUCCACAAACAUGACUCACAUACUAAAAGUUUAAAACAUAAUUUAGUUUUUAGUGGUCAUCAGGAAAGCUAUGCAAGUAAUAGUAGCGAAUGUGGUCAAACCUUCUGUCAAAACAUUCAUCUUAUUCAGUUUGCAAGAACUCAACCAGGAGAUAAGUCUUACAAAUGCCCCGAUACUGUCAACUCUCUUACCGGUGGUACAGCCCUCGGUGUAUCGAAGGGCAUACAUAGGGAGAAACCAUAUGAAUGUAAGGAGUGUGGAAAAUUCUUUAGCUGGCGUUCUAAUCUUACCAGGCACCGGCUUAUUCAUACUGGAGAAAAACCCUAUGAAUGUAAAGAGUGUGGAAAGUCUUUCAGCCGGAGUUCUCACCUCAUUGGACAUCAGAAGACUCACACUGGUGAGGAACCCUAUGAAUGUAAAGAGUGUGGAAAGUCCUUCAGCUGGUUCUCUCACCUUGUGACCCACCAGAGAACUCACACAGGAGACAAACUGUACACGUGCGGCCAGUGUGGGAAGUCAUUUGUUCACAGCUCCAGGCUCAUUAGGCACCAGAGAACUCAUACUGGAGAGAAGCCUUACGAGUGUCCUGAGUGUGGGAAGUCUUUCAGACAGAGCACACAUCUCAUUCUGCAUCAGAGAACUCACGUCAGAGUGAGGCCCUACGAAUGUAACGAGUGUGGGAAGUCGUAUAGCCAGAGGUCUCACCUUGUGGUGCACCAUAGGACUCACACGGGACUGAAGCCCUUUGAGUGUAAAGACUGUGGAAAAUGCUUCAGUAGAAGCUCUCACCUUUUCUCCCAUCAGAGGACCCACACUGGAGAGAAACCGUAUGAAUGCCACGACUGUGGGAAGUCCUUCAGCCAGAGUUCUGCCCUCAUCGUGCAUCAGAGAAUUCAUACUGGAGAGAAGCCAUAUGAAUGCUGCCAGUGUGGGAAAGCCUUCAUUCGGAAGAACGACCUUAUUAAGCAUCAGAGGGUUCAUGUUGGCGAAGAGACCUAUAAAUGUAAUCAGUGUGGGAUUAUCUUCAGCCAGAACUCUCCGUUGAUAGUACAUCAAAUAGCCCACACUGGAGAGCAGUUCUUAACUUGUAACCAAUGUGGGACAGCGCUUGUUAAUAGCCCUAACCUUAUCCGAUAUCAGACAAAUCAUAUUAGAGAGAAUCCUUAUUAAUAUUA